AUGACGUCUCACAACAUACCUGAUCUAGAUAUGAUGGUUUUGAAACAAGUGACGAACGAUUUAAAAGAUGAUCCAAAUAAUGAUGAAAGAUUAAUUUUAAAUGUUGGUGGAAUUAAGUAUGAAACUUUUCGAUCUACUUUAACUUCUUAUCCUGAUACUCUAUUGGGUACUAUGUUUCAACAACGUAAUAAUGCCUUGCUUCACCCUUCAUAUAAUGAAAAAGGUGUAUGUGAAUAUUUCUUUGAUAGAAAUGGUCGUGCAUUUCAUUAUAUAUUGGAAUACUAUCGUACCGGAAAAUUUUUCAUAGAAAAUAUUCAUUUAUUACCUCAAUUGCGAUGUCAUUGUCAAUGUCCUAAUGCUGUCCGUUAUCAAGAAAUCCUAGCUGAACUUGAUUAUUUUCAAAUUCCUUAUACUAUUCCUCCAAAACCAAAAGAACAAUACCCUCCUUCUUCAACUCUUGAUUCAUUCAUCUUAAUGCUAAAGUCUGCUAUGCUCACUGCUCGUGAUAAUUUUGAUAUUUACGUUGAAAUCGUUUUUCCACAACGUAAUAAAUCAAAAUUUUCUGUAAAUCCGGAGUCCGCUUGCAUUGUAAAUAUUGUUAAACCAUAUGCUGAAAAUGGUUAUGCAAUAUUGGAUACUUUUGGUGAUGAGAUUGGAACUUAUUUGACCAAGGUAAUUCCAAAUUUUACUUGGUCUUUACAAAAGAAUACCAUCUAUCAUCCUCAUAGGUAUUUUGUGGAUAUGAGUAUAAACAGCGAAUGUUUGGAAAAGCAAAUUGUUUUGAAUGAAUCAAAAUUGCUUGGUCCUGAUAAUAAUGAUGAAAUCUGCUAA